GCAGACGAGACAGCAGGGCAGCCUCAUCACAUUCACUUUUUCCAUUCGCUUGAUUGAGAAACUUUCGUUCACUAUACUCCCGUUCAAUUAUAACCUUCAUUUCGUCGGCAUAAUGGCCCCUCUCAAGUCCCUCCUCGUUGGUGCCCUUGCUACGCUGGCCGUAGCAACCCCCGUCCCCGCCCCUGCCCCGGAGGCCGGCCAACUCCAGACCCGUCAAUUCAUGGACUCGAAUGAUCUCACGUCCGGCUCCUGCAAGGACGUCACCCUGGUCUUUGCGCGUGGAUCCACGGAAUUGGGCAACAUGGGUUCAGUCAUCGGACCCCCCCUCUGCACCGCCCUGAAGUCCAAGCUUGGCGCCGACAAGGUCGCCUGUCAGGGAGUGGGCGGCCUCUACACUGCCGGACUCAUGCAGAAUGCCCUGCCGCAGAACACCGAUCCCGGAGCCAUCUCCGCUGCCAAGAGUAUCUUCGAGCAGGCGGCCUCCAAGUGUCCGAACACGAAGAUUGUGGCCGGUGGAUACAGUCAAGGAAGCGCCGUCAUCGACAACGCGGUGCAGGCGGUCAGCUCCUCCGUGCGCGACCAGAUCAAGGGCGUGGUGCUGUUCGGGUUCACCCGCAACGUCCAGGACCACGGCCAGAUCCCCAACUACCCCAAGGAUGACGUCAAGGUGUACUGCGCGGUGGGCGAUCUGGUCUGCGACGCGACGCUGAUUGUGACGGCCGCGCAUCUGACCUACGGGCUGGAUGCCGGCGAUGCGGCGAACUUCUUAGCGUCCAAGGUUAACGCUUAAGUGCUUCGUCGGCGUCGGAUUGGCCAAGUAUUAUCGGUAAGGUUGGGUGGUGGCGGAUGGAGGAUGAAUUAUGGGCUUUUAUAUAUGAAUCUCUGUUUCGUUUCUUUCUGUUGGCGAUUCUCAGGGCUAUCCUGGGCGAUUUGGUGUUUAGUCUUUUUGGUAUACUAUAUAUCUC